AUGGCCAAAUCCUCUAGUAGGAAAGACACGAAUAAGUCGCAAAAAGGUCCAGCAGAUUUGUCCAAGGAGGAUGCCGCUUACGAUGCCAUUUUUCAUGGAGAUUUUGGGAGUCUGGAGAUAGGCUCUUUUAUAGGGCACGCAGAAGAGGGGGUUACGAAGCAUUUACCUGAUGCUGUUGAUUUCGAAGAUGAAGAUGAGUUGGCGGAAGAUGAACUGCCUCUUGAAGAAGAUGCUGAGGACGAUGUAAGAAGCGAAGUUAUGGAAACGGAUGUCAUCGGAGAAAAUGAUAGGAUCUCCGUGAUUGACGGAACACACAGCAUUGCAAGACAUGGUAAUUAUAUGUCUAAUGAUAUUUCUCAAGGGACCUAUGAAGGGGCAAAUAAUGCACUUUUUAUGGGAAUGGAUAGUGAUGUCGUCUUUUUGGAGCACAAUCCAUCUUACGAAGAUUACGCUCCCGAGGAAACACAGCAACAGCAACUUUACGAGGCAAAGAAGGCUGAACGACAACUCCGUGAGGAUAAAUGUCUUCUGAAGAGAUAUUUCCCUGAGUUCAAAAAAGGCAAAGUUCUCAAAUGGAACUCAUUGCUCUACAGAAAAUCUACUGCUUACCGUUGGCAGAUAGAAAACAGCAUAAACAGACAGCAAUUGAAUCCCCUUGUGCCGUUACUGUUAAAAUUUCAUGUUCAGCCAGAUCAAAAAAAGUUCUUUAAUACCUCUGAGAAUAUGUGGAAAUCAUCAUUUCUAUCCCUUUCAAUGUCAUCCCAGAAGCGUAAAAAGCGAGGUAUUGUAGUUAUGUCGCUCGACGAGCUGUAUUCAGAAGAGCAAAAAGAGCAGAAAAAGGAUCGCCAUGCAAACGAAAUAUCUGAGGACUUGAUUAUUGCAUCAGAUGAUUGGGGCAUCGAUGCAAUAAUAGGUAAUGAAAAAGUACCGGAAAUUUCAAGUACAGUGCCCCAGUUGAAUGAAAAAGCGUCGGACUGGGACUGGAACGAAGAAGAGCUUAUUGAUGCAAAGCUCGAGGUUAGGCAAGCAGAACUGGAUAUGAAUGAUGAAAAUCUUCUUUUGUUACGAAAUGAUCGAAGACAAAAAAAUAAUAAAAGUAAUACGACUUUGGUGGCGUUAAAUGAAAAAAGUUUGAUGCAGAAGUUCAAUAUGUCAAAUGAUGAUCAAUAUGACAUAUUAAGACGCAAUCAUCAAACCAAGAUUCGUGCAACUAUUUCGAACCUUAAUAUUGAGCAUUCGCAACCCGCAACCCGACUUCAAUCACCUUACUAUAAGGUUAAUAUGCCAAAGAAAGAGUUGAGAUUCUUUCACAGACCUAAAUUUGGCAUAAAUAUCCGCCCAGACACUAAUAUUGUAUUUAGUAAACUGAAAACAAGAAAAAGAAAGCGUGAUAAAGGUAAAGAAGUCAAAGAAUCUUUUGCUUCUACUCAGGAUCUAACAAUUGGUGAUACUGCCCCUGUUAUACUAAUGGAAUAUUCAGAGCAAAACCCACUUGCUUUAUCAAAGUUCGGCAUGGCGAACAAGCUAAUUAACUAUUACAGGAAAAUGAACGAACUUGACUCUUCAAGGCCAAAGCUACCUGUGGGUGAAACACACGUAUUAGGACUACAAGACAAAUCUCCGUUUUGGAAUUUCGGGUUUGUGGAACCUGGUCACAUAGUACCGACGCUCUACAACAAUAUGAUUAGAGCACCUGUUUUCAAGCAUGAUGUGUCAGGCACUGAUUUCCUAAUGGUGAGAGGAUCAGGUAAUGGCGUAAGUAAUAGAUUCUAUUUGAGACAGAUAAAUCAUUUAUUCGCGGUAGGGCAGACUUUUCCUGUGGAAGAGAUUCCUGGUCCAAACUCAAGGCGAGUUACGUCCAUGAGAUCAACACGGUUAAGGAUGGUGGUCUAUAGAAUUCUUAAUAGAACGCCAUCUCGCGCUGUUUCGAUCGAACCAAUUGCAAGACAUUUUCCAGACCAGGAUUACGGCCAGAACAGACAGAAAAUAAAAGAAUUCAUGAAAUAUCAACGUGAAGGUCCAGAAAAAGGCUUAUGGAAGCUUAAAGAAGGAGAGCCUUUAAUUGACAAUGAGUAUGCGAAAAAAUUGAUAACACCUGAACAGGUGGCAGAGGUAGAAUCUAUGGGCCAAGGUUUACAAUUUCAAGAAGAUAGCGAAACAUACAAUUUUGAUGAAAAAUUGACAAAACUGGAGGAAAACCUGCUGCCUUGGAAUGCAACAAAAAAUUUUGUAAACGCCACCCAAAUGCGUGCCAUGGUGCAAAUUCAUGGGGCCGGGGAUCCGACUGGUUGCGGCGAAGGGUUUUCAUUCUUAAAAACUUCAAUGAAAGGUGGGUUCUUGAAAUCUGGUUUAGAAAGCAGUAAAGCAAAUAACUCAGGCGGUCACAGCUAUAAUGUUGCCCAACAACAAAAAGCAUAUGAGGAGGAAAUCAGUAAAACAUGGUAUACACAUGCUAAGAGUUUGAGUAUAGUGAAUCCAUUUGAAGAGAUGGAUAAUCCAGAUGAAGUGAAUCCAACUAACCGUCACUUACGAACACACAGAGAUGAUAGAAAAGUUUUGAAAAUUGUGAGAAAGAAGAGGGACGAAAAUGGUAUAAUCCAGAGGCAAGCAGUAUUUAUAAAAGAUCCAAGAAUUAUCAAAGGAUACUUGAAAAGCAAAGAGAAAAGGCGGGAGGCUAAUCUUGAUGUGGAAAAGCUUCUGUUAGGGGAAACGACAGUAAGUAAUGUCGAAGAUAUUGAAAUGCAGAAGAAGCUAUUGCAAAAUGAGCUAGCAAACCUGGAAAAAUCUCAACAGAGAAGAGCAGCCCGUCAAAUAUCUAAAUCUAAAACUCAAGAAGGUAAAGCUACUAAAUUAAAAAAAACUACUAGACGUUGUGCGACAUGUGGACAAAUAGGACAUAUAAAAACGAAAAAAUCAUGUCCAAUGUAUAAUGGAAACACUACCACUGGAGCAGCUGUGUCCACUACAGCAGCAUCAUCACCACAACCUCAAGAGCUAUUGUUUGAUGAUGGUGGGCAAUCCCUUGUAGAGGAAAAAAAGGAGACAUCUUCAGAGAUAACACAAAUGACAAUGAAAACCCAAAAUGAGCAUUAA